AAACAACCGCCAGAAAACGCUCAUCGCCGACCAGUUGCAUUUUGUGGUGCUCUGCAACUUCAUUCUGAGGACUGUCGGAUAUGCUUCGUUCGUACAGGAAAUAUCACCGAUAGGCCACCCAUCCCACAUCGACACAGUACAGAUGGAUGCGGUGGCUCUAUAUGAAAUGUUCGGUUCAACACCUGCUCAAAUGAUCCUGUAUGACGAAGAUCGGCAAGCGAUCACCACCGUUUCAGAUGCCAUCAAACACAAGUAUGCGAUUUUUGGGUCGUUUUUCGAUAUGUCAAGUGUUGAACGUGUUUGCGACGACCAUGGACUUGAAUUUUCUCACCGAAUGGCCAUUACUCCUUUUGGAGUGGCGCGAGUAUAUGGGUCUGUCAAAGACAGCGUGCGAGUAUCAAUGUCCGCCUACGAGCAGCGGAAAAAGUCAAAAACUCAUUCUGCCGCCUCGGAAGAUAUACAGAGCACAGUCGCCGAUCUUGAAAAAAAAAUCGGAAAAGCCGAAACCUAUUUAAAAAUUUUUGAAAUCAUCGCAUCCCGGUCUUUUGCGACAGCGAAAGGAAGCAGUCAAGACUUUCGAAGAGGCAAAGAAGACUACGGCUGAUUAUGUCCAUUUGAAGGAGUUGAAGAAGACCCUUGCGAUGGCGAUCAAUGCCGAAAAUCGCAACAAUUUACAGUUGAAAGAUGCGAGAAUGACUUU